GGCAACAACAGCACACAAACACGACCGGCACCGGCCCCGGUAAGUUCACGGGGCGGUGGCACCUUCGACUUCAGCAACGAUGCAGAAGAAGAGAGUCGCCAAAGUAAAGCGAGCGAAAGCCGGCAAAGGGAAGAAAGAUGGAAAACAGGAGACCAAAGCGGUCAAGGAGUCUGACGUCGAGAAAGCCAAGGCCGCCGCGGCCCUGUGGGAGCUGAGGCUCCGGGUCACCGACACCUCGCUCGUCGAGUACCGGGAGGCCUCGCGCAGACUGGCCCGUGCGAACGAAGAGCUCACCGACCGGCUGUACCGAGCGGAGCAGGACGCCAUCGACAUCACCGGUUUCCUGAGCAGACAGGACGCGGCCAAAGAGAAGAAGAUCAACGUUCUGCAGAAAAGCCUCAAAGCUCAAGAAGAACUUGCACGUAAAGAACAAAAGAAAGUGGUUGAAGAUUACACAAAGCAAAUCAAUGAGAUGAAGGAACUGUUCACAAAGAAGUCCAGUGAUUUUGAUAUGAUCCAAGAUGGGAUGAAGACAAUUAAGGAAUUUCAGAAGAGGAAAUCCCAGAUGGAGCAGGAGCUCAUUGAUAUUAGAGAAAAUAUGGAUGCAGCCGAUAAGGACCACAGGGAAAAGCUCAACAUAUUGGAGCAAAACUUCUUCUUAGAAAAGAUUCGCCUGGAGAGGGAAGCUGAGAAAACAAUCGCCCUGGUGGAGGAGAAGGCCCACGUUGAAGCCAUCGUGCAGUUGGAUGACGCCUCGCGCUCUGUAUUCAAGGAGAACGUCCGACUCAACGAAGCACUGAAAUAUCACAUAAAGGAGUCAGAGCUACUGCAGAUGUUGGCAAAUUCAAUGGAGAAGGAAAAGGCCUCCCUGGCACUGGACAAGAACACGUUGGAGUUGAUGGUAAAGAAAAACGCAGCUCAGAUGCAGGCCCAAAACCAGGAGCUAUCCAAGCUGAGGGCCAAGGUAACCUACCUGGAGCAGGCCCUGGAGCUAAAAGAGGAGGGACCCGGGAGAGGGGGGGAGAAGGAGAAGACCCUGGUCAGCAUCCCGGCCGGCCAGGUAGAGCUGGAGGAGCUCCGCAGGGUGCUCUCCAUGCGGGAGAGGGAACUGGGGAACGUGAAGCGGCUGGCGAGCGGCAUCGUGCAGCAGCGCACAGAGAUGGAGCGGUUCUUCCACGAGGCCCUGGCUCAGGUGAAGGAGGAGAUCACGGCCACCAGGUCGCAGUACAAAAAGGAGGCACUGCAGGCUUAUCACAGGCGGCUGAGGGAGGCCACAGCAGGAAAACAAAAGUUCCCACCUAUACGCACGUUUCGGAAAGGCCCCCACAGUACCAACUCAGUCUAUUCAGACAUGGAGGCGGCGGCAAGGUGGACUCAUCAACCAGGCAGCCAAGUUGAGGUCACAGAUCUAACUUGGGAGCAGAAGGAACAAGUACUCCGGCUGCUCUUUGCUAAAAUGAAUGGACAGAAGGAAAGGAAAGCCAGCAGACACCCGGCCUCGCCUGCCUCCUCUGAGAUGAAGAAGCUCAUUGACAGCGAUGCUGCGGGAACGAGAGAGGAGCUCUCCCCGGCGACCUUCAUCACCCAGGCACCAGAGUCCGUUCUGCCCCCGAACACAAACAGCCUGCCUGAUAUACACAGCGCAUGACCUCUGUGUGACCUCUGUGUGGCACCUCAGUGGGGGAUCGUUUGCCUCUGCUGAUGUCCAGUGUGUAGUGGAAUGCCUUUUUUGUGGGUGCUCAUUAUUAAUAUUUUACCAUACUUGUGUAUGAAGUUUGUCAAUUCACAGAAUUAAAAAAAGAAAAGCUUCACCAUUUUAAACAGAUCCAUCUCCUCAAAACAAAAACAGAUUGCUGACAACGGAAUGUCCAUUAGUUGAUGUUAAAAAUCAUGAUGCAGUGUCCAUGCAAAAGUAAGGAAAUACUCAAGAAAUUCAACACCCGUGUUGUAUUUGAGGAAGUAAUAUUUCCAAUAACUUCGACACAGCUGGCAGCUUUUUGCACCGUUAAACUCUGCUCCAGUUGACAUUGACAGAUCAUCUAUUCACACAUUGAAUACAAGAUCUGUAGAAAAGCAGUGCAUCAUGAAAUGAAAAUUCACAUUUUAAAUGAUGGUACUCAGUACACAAAAACAUUUCGUGCUUGUACGUAGGAAGACCGCACACUAACUACCAGUCAAAAACCACACACACUAUUCUGCCAAAACGUCUUUGAAUUAAAACAAAAUGUUAGAAUUUACCCUGUUUCUACCAACAUAUUUAACACAACUACCAACUGACUAAACAAAGCCGUUCUAAGAAUCACAGAAGAAUAUGAACGUAUCAUUUGAAGGAAAGUCAUUUUAUUCACCGAUUGUAUAAAAAACGAAAACAGACAUCACAUUUCCGUACUGUACAACUUUUGUUGUUUUCACAUUGUUCAUACUGUACACAUGGCAUUGCAGUCUGUCCAUCCCAGGAGAGGGAUCCCUCCUUUUUCCUUCCCUUUUUCUCCCCAUCACGAGGUUUUCCUGCACUGAUGCACUGAUGUGAGGGUGUUGUGACGGGGUACACACUGUAAAGCCCUCUGAGGCAAAUUUGUAAUUUUCGGCGAUACAAAAUAAACAACUGCAACCGUG